CCUGUUUGAAUUCGGUUACCUAACCAUGCCUGUCGGGAAAUCUCCCGGCCCUACGGUCAUCACGAAUGCUGUAUCUAAUCUUCAGUCUUUCAUGGACAUUACUCCAUCUGGUAGCAAGGGACAGGUAGAUAAGAAGACUCUUGAUACUGUCAGGACACCUAGGUGUGGUCUCAAAGAUCCUAUCAGACACAUGGCUGAGGGAGACCCUGAUGUAGUUCGUCAUACAUUGUUUGGACCGAGGUGGAACAAGACUGCAUUAGUCUACAAGAUAUUCAAGUUUCCACGUAAGGUCAAGAAAUCGCAGUACCGUAACGCGAUCGAGGAGGCUUUCCGGCUUUGGAGUAACGCUUCACCGCUCACAUUUCGGGAAGUGAAUCGGAGAGAUUCGGCAGACAUCGACAUUCGGUUUGUUUCGGGUUUUCAUCAAGAUGAACAUCCAUUCGAUGGACCAAUGGGCGUUGUUGGUCAUCCGGUGAUUGAGGAGAUGUAUGAAUCUCGCGUUGUCAGGAUCGACGUCGAUUCAGAUGAACUAUUCAGUUUUGACAGCGCAGACGGUAUAAAUCUUCUUCAAGUGAUGGUUCAUCAGAUUGGUCAUGCCUUAGGAUUAGGACACUCAUCUGAUCAUGACUCUAUCAUGUCUCCAUGCGUUAAACCAUAUAUUCCAAACUUUACUCUAACAGAGACAGACAUCGCUGGUAUCCAGUCAAUAUAUGGAUUACCCAAUUCUCCCGUUGACCCUAUAUCUCCUCCUGUUGGAAGGUUGCCUAGUCCCAUUAUACAGCAUAGUGAACCAAGAUAUCUCUGUCAAGAGAGACCUUUAGAUGCAGUGGCCAUUUUAGCUGGAGAAAUAUAUGUUUUUAAGGGUAAUAGAUACUGGCAGUUUUCAUCUCCUAAUCAUCUGUUAUCACCUAUCAGUGGUAGUCUCAUAUCAGAACGUUGGCCUGGUUUACCGACUGGUAUAGAUGCUGUUUAUCAAAGGAACACUGAUAAUAAAGUCGUCUUUAUUAGAGCUGGAAGGAUGUGGAUCUAUGACAUCCACCCCAAGACAGAAAGCGAUACCCUUGCCCCCUACACCCAGAUUCAUCUUCGAGAUAUUGGUCUACCAAGAGCUAUUGAUAUGGCCCUCUCAUGUCCUUCUUGGCCCCAGUCUACAUAUUUCCUCAAGAAAGGCAAAGUUUGGCACUACAGUGACCAGACCAGGUCUAUCUUAGAAGGUCCGCUUGAGGUAAAGGACUUAUGGAAUGGUCUACCAACCAGACGCAUGGAUGCAGCUUUCACUUACAAUGAUGAUUCAUAUUUCAUCCUUGGAUACCAAUACUGGAAAGUGGAUCAUACUAAUAACAGAGUGGCCUCUGGAUAUCCCAUGAACUUUCAUGAAGACUUUCUGGGUUGCUGAAUGUUAUCACCAUCAUUACAAUCCUUUGAAAGAUCUCCAUGGUAACUUUAACACAUUCGAGCAGACAGGAGAAAGUGACUCCUGCCAAUAUUUCAAAUUUAACCAGUUAGCUACUGAAUUAUUCAAUUACAAUAGACUUUGUACAGGAUCUUCUUUGAUCUGUGGGCAACUAGGGUUGACUAAUCAUCAUUAAAUCAAAUUGGACAGGACUUGGAUUAACAAAUCUUUACUGUCUUAAAUAGAGAUCAGAGGUUGGGGAACAUUAUUAUUUAUUUGUUAUUAUUAAAUAUUUUAUAAAAGAUAUGAAUUAGUCAUGAAGUGUGUAAUUAAACAUAAUGACUCAAGGGUGAAAUUAGUGGAAGGAAUAUAUAUCCUUUCAUUUCAUGACUUAAGUUAAUUUAGGUUUAAAGAGGAGUUUAUUUUGACUAGUCAGGAGUAGAACCAUAAGAGGGGGGGGGGGGUGAUGAUCCCCAUGAUUUUUCAAGUGAAUAUUAGGUCUCAAGCUAAAACAAUGGGAAAGAGAACCGAAGUCAUGCACCUUUAUAUAAUUAUGCCCCCUUUCCUUCAUUCACAAUACCUUGCAACGGCCUCUGUGACUCGUCACAACCUAACAAAAUAUAGAUCACAGCUUGAUAAUGAUAGUGUAUUAAUAUUUCAUGACUAGUUUAUGUCCACAUUCUGAAGCCUUUUGAUAUCAACUAGUCAAAACCCGUCUUCUCACACGCAAUAUGUCAAAAGCAUAUAUUCACCAAUGAAUAGUGUAAAUUUGUGUUGAAGGGCUUUUAAAUCCUAUUGCCAACAAUGGACUAAAACAGCCAAUUUAAACUUAAAUAAUUUACACCAAUGAGUCAAGAGCAAAUUGAGGUUUAUAUGAAUAGUAGCUUAAUCAAUAUCAAAUACUUUAAAAUCAGUGUUUGAUUGGAAAAUUACUUUAUCAUAAACAGACAAUUAUAGAAACAUAAAUUGACCAAUCAUACACUCCAUUCAUUGUAUUGAGUAAAGUGAAAAAAAGCAUUUGGCAUCAAUUGUAGGUAAAUACAAAUGGUAUCAACAAAAACACCAAUCAAAGUACAUAAAGAUGUUAAGUAAAGUAACACAUAUUACUAUUUUAAAGCAAUAAUGUGAUAUUUUUUAAUGAUACAGAGUUACAAUAGGAGAUAUCAUGAUGAAUUGCAUGUGGUUUUUUACCAUAAGAUCUCACAAUUUUAUAAAACAUGAUUUGACCAUUUUAGUGAUGAGAGAAUCGCCAUUUUAAGAGUAAAACAAAUUUACACUCAUUUUUUUCCAUAUGUACUUAAAAUGUACUGGAGGUAUUUUGUUUAUAAUCACUUGUACUGGUUGGUCUUCUUUCAUUCUUUCCACUUAAAAUGAACCACAUUCCAGAGAAUGGUGUGUGCUUUUUUCUUAUUAUAUUUGGGACAUAAUAUAUGAUUAAUUUUGUUGCAUGAAUGCAAUGAAUUGUCAAAAUGCCAGAUUUGCCUAUGAAUCAUUGCUUAUGGGGGCAGAGUAUAAACAAAUGCAAAAUAAACUGACUGGUGAUUGGGUAAAGAGAUUGCGAAAAAUGGCACCAAUAUGCAUUUAUAUAUUUAAUAAUCUGCAUACCAAUAUGAAGACAUGUAUGUCUUUGUGUUGCAGUCAUUGUAUUCAAUAGUAUUGUAAUUUAAUGUGGUUUGUGAUAAUGUAUUUAUUGAUGGUAUUCAACAACACGAACAGCAUUUUAAAGCAAGGGAAACACUUUUCAAAGUGUAAGUUUAAAAUAUGGCUGACUUCUGACAAAGUGGUGAUUGUAUAUGAAUCUGCCUGUAUAAAACAGAUAGCAGAUUAAGGUUAACUAACAGAUAUUGAAGGGUUUCAAAUGAAUGGAAAUAGAAAAUAUUUAUUAUUGAAAAUAUGGGAUUAUAAAUAUGUAAUGGAUGUUCAAUAUAUACUUAAGCAAAGUUAUCUUUUCAUGAUACUGUAAACAAUAUUGUGUGCCAUAGUGAAUUUGGGGAAAGAUAUUAAUGGAUAUUAAUAGCAGUAUUUUCUUUAAACAGUAGUAUUCAAUGGAAUUGUAUUCAUAUGUAAAAUUGUCAAAUAGUUUAUUUACAAUCAGGGAUGCCAUCAUAGGUAAAUAGAUGAAAUCAGUGCAGUGCAUCACAAAACAAACUCAAACAUAAUGGCUAUACAUUAGAAUAUUGGUCAUCAGUGGAGGGAGCGAAGAAUGCUCUCCUUGAUCAUGUAUUAAUCAAACUUCACAUGUCCCCUAUGAAAAAUGAAAAGAAAAUACCUUUUUUCUUAUAUAAUAAUAUGACACAGCUUUGGAAAGUUUUUUCCAUAUGCAUAAUGCAAAUUCAACUUUUGUGUCAAAGCUUGUUUUGUGAACAUACUGUGUUAGCAGAUGUUUUGGAUUAAUAGAAAUGCCAAACUAACGAGUUCUUGUAUAUGUUAUAUAAUAAGUACUACUGUAUGUGAAUGCUAAUUAAAGACCCUUGUAACUCAAAUGCAGAUUGAUUCCUUCUGAAGUGCAGAGCUGAAUAGAACUCAAAUAUUAUGUUCAAAUGUGGAUAUAUAUACAUAUUUUAAUAAUUUUCUCACAGCUCUAUUCGUUAUGAAUGUGACAUGUCUCAUUCCCCAAGAGAGUGGUGUGCAAUUUUGGCAAAGCAGGCCACGGGCCCGUCAAAUGAUAUUACAGACUAUCUUACUACGGAAAGUAUCAUGUGAGACAUGACUAAUUUUGUAGUAUCAACAAGAAAAGAAUAAUUUUGAGAAGAUAUUGUAUGGAGGCAUGCUGUUACAUCAAGUACCAGCUGAAUGAGGUGUCUACCACUCUUUUAAAAACAAUUUUUGCAAUUUUUUUUUUUGUAAUAUGUAAUUUCACUAAAUGAAUAAGACAAGCAUUUCUUAAAGGAUUGAUAAGUUAUUUCAUAUGUUUGUAUGACACAUGUAUUCUUUGCAGCACUGUAGAUCAACUUGCAUUUGGGUUGCUAUGGACGUUUUAAAUGGGUAUGGUUUGUAAAUUAAUUCAUAUUUCCUACAUGUGUGCUUGUAUAGAUAAUAGUGUACUAGGACUGUGAAACAUGUAUAUCUUGUAAAUAUUCAUAUAGAUAUCUAUAUCUGAAAAAAUAUAUAUGAACAUAUGCAACAUUAAACAUGAGUAUAAAACAAAGGGA